AGCGGUGGGAAGCGCUUGGUGCGGAACGUCUCGCUGCAUGUGAAGCGUUGCCCGCAGGCUGGGGCUCCCUGGUCGGAGUGGAAGGCUGCGCAGCACGAAGGCCGCCUGCCUGGUGGAGCCGCCGCUGCAGCAGCAAUCGAGUGCGAUGUCGAGUGCGAGGUCAUCAUCUGCGAAGCGGAGGCGUCGCUCUUCAGGCGUCGGGUCAAGAAGUUGCACGUGGAGCCGCAGGCCGAGGUGCUGCGGCCUGGCGAGUGGCAAGCGCUCGGCGAGAAGUACGUCGUGUGGGGAGCUGGUGCUUUCGUGGAUGGCCUCGCGGCGGGGUGGAGCCUUGCCGAGGCGUGCCCGCCCUGCGACGUUGGGGUGCUGACGCGCGAGCUGGGACCGUACCUCAGUGAGAACGCAGCCGAGGCCUGUCUGCCCGAGGCGGGCGCUGGAGCUGCGGAGGUCCGCGGGGCCGCGGCUGGUGUGGUGUCAGGACUGCUGGAGGCGGAAGCCGAGGCGGCCCCGGAGCAGGCGUUGCUCCUCCCCUCGCCGCCCGGCGGCUCGGAAGCUGCCACGGCCUGCGCGGCCGCGCCGACGGCUGCCGCGAGCAGCGCCGCGGUCGCGGAGUACCUGGCGGCCCACCCCGCGGCGCUUCUCAGCGGCGGCGUCGGGGAGGAACCUUUCGACGAGAUCGAGAAGUCCACGUGCGAGGAGCAUGACGGGCAGGCAGAGCAGCAGGAGCCCGAGGCCAUCGGGUUCGAGCUGAAUGGCGGGGAGGACGACGGGGAGGACCAGAACGAGCUGGAGGCCCACGUGUCGGGCGACGGAGCGGGGGACGAGCAAGGCGGCGGUGCGCGGGCGUCGCGCAAGGAGCCGCCGAGCAUCAUCGAGGAGCCCACGUGCGAGGAACAUGAGGGGCAGGCAGAGCAGCGGGAGCCAGAGGACAUCGGGUUCGAGUUGAACAACGGCGAAUUCUGCCUCGAGGUCGCCGACGUGGAAGCGGUGGCGGCAGCUGCCACGCGGCAGUACGAUUGCGUCGAGGCGCUGCGGGCCAUCGGCAUGCAGAG